AUGAAGCUUCAAUGGGCCGGGUUUCUCUUGGGGGCUUCCAUUGGGGGAGUCAAUGCCAUGGGCAAAUAUAUGGAGGAAGCUAUGAGAGGAGAGCGUGUUUCUGGCUUUGGCAAAUCCGACAGUCAUCCCUCCUGGGAGCCAGAUUUCAAAGACGAAUCUCCUCCCUACCGCAGCCAUCGAAUCACCCGUGAAGACUGGAUCAUCACAUGCAGCAGCUCCGCUAGUGGCCACCCAUGCAGGAAGGCGAUCGAUGGCAAAAACUCUACCACCUGGCGCAGCGACCCGUCCGACAAAGGACAUGAGAUCACUAUUGAUCUUGGGGCAUGGUACCAAGUGAGCAGUGUUGUUAUCCUUCCUCCAAUUGAUACGGAUACCAAAGGCCUCAUUACCCAUCAUAAAAUCUGGGUCAGCCAAGAGCCUGACAGCUGGCCUGAAUCCCCUGUUGCAUAUGGAAUGUGGCCCAAUACAAACAGACAGCGAAUGUCUGCGUUUGAACCCUCCUCUACUCGAUACUUGAAAAUCACGAUCGACGCCGACCAAGAAAAUCCCUGGGUCGGUAUCUCCGAACUCAACAUAUAUGGAACUCUGUACACCAUUCGUCGUAACCCUGCUCUCGGUGUCUGGGGCCCAACUCUCGAUUUCCCUAUUGUCCCUGUCUCCGCUGCUCAGGAGGGAUCUGGCACGCUUGCUCUUUGGUCGUCGUGGGCCGAUGACCAAUUCCACUCGACACCGGGUGGAAAGACCGUUAUGACCCGAUGGGACCCACUGACCGAAAAGGUCACCAACCGCACUGUCAGCGAAACCCAUCACGACAUGUUCUGCCCCGGCAUUUCUUAUGACGGCACUGGCAUGAUGGUUGUGACUGGCGGUAAUGAUGCCUCGGAGACUAGUCUCUUUGAUUCUGUCACUGAUAAGUGGAUCCGCGCAAGUGAAAUGAAGCUCCGUCGUGGCUACCAGGCAUCUACAACUCUCUCCGACGGACGUGUCUUCGUCAUUGGAGGUUCGUGGGCUGGAGGUUCGAACUAUGAUAAAGACGGCGAAGUUUACGACCCCGCUACCCGAAACUGGACUAUGCUUCCUGGAGCAAAGGUCCAACCAAUGUUGACUAGGGAUAGGGAAGGUGCUUGGAGAGCGGACAACCAUGGCUGGCUCUUCGGAUGGAAGAACCUGAGUAUCUUCCAAGCCGGGCCUAGCAAAAAUAUGAACUGGUACUCCGCCCAUGUCAAUGGAAGCGUUGAGCCCGCAGGACGUCGUCUGGAAGAUCAGGAUUCCAUGUCCGGUAACGCAAUCAUGUUCGAUGCCGUGAAGGGAAAGAUCCUCACGCUCGGUGGCUCUCCUAACUAUGAUAAAUCUUGGGCCACUAACGCCGCCCACAUUAUCACGAUCGGUGAACCUGGAGAGGAACCGAAGGUUGAACCGGCCGGAGGAGGCACUAUGCACCGUGAGCGUGUGUUCCACACUACGGUCGUUCUCCCCGAUGGGAAAGUCGCCAUCUUCGGCGGCCAGCAGUACGGUGUUGCAUUCAAUGAGGAAACCGUCCAAUUUGUUCCGGAAAUAUACGACCCUGUAAGCAACACUUUCACAGAGUUACAGCAGAACAAUGUUGUGAGAGUAUACCAUACUGUGUCAAUCCUCCUUCCCGAUGGCCGGGUGUUGAACGCAGGUGGUGGACUUUGUGGAAAUUGCACAGCCAACCACUAUGAUGGCCAGGUCUUCACCCCUCCCUACCUACUUACUGAAUCUGGUGAGCCUCGACCUCGUCCUGAGAUCCUCUCUGGGCUGGAAGAUUAUGCCAUGGUGGGCAGCACCCUGAGAUUCCAAACCUCCGACGAAAUUGAGUCAGCUUCCCUGAUACGUCUGGGAACCAACACUCACACUGUCAACACUGAUCAACGCCGCAUUCCACUUGAUCUCAGAGUUAUAUCAUUCGCCAAAAAUAUCUACAAAACUACCCUGCCAAAAGAUUCGGGUAUUCUCAUUCCUGGAUACUGGAUGCUGUUCGUUAUGGACGAGGCAGGCGUGCCUAGCAUCGCGAAGAUUAUGAUGAUUGGCUUGGACAAAAAGAGGACCAUCCAACCUGCACAGGAUCCGCUAGGCCUGUUGGAGGCACAGAACAAUGUCGAGUCAUUCAUGAGGAUCGAGUUGCUGAAACGAAAGUGGUUUUGA